AUGGAGAGCCCCGAGUUUGCGGCUGGCAAUGGCAUGCGGAGCCAUGGCGCAAUCGGCGGCGGCCAAAACAACAAGCGCAAACGGAGCCUCAUGGACAGCAGUCCCGCGAGCCUUCUCGACCACGAUCACCACGACCGCGACGUCGACCACGAUGUGGGAGGCGAUGGUUCUCCCGAGGGCAAGGGCCGUCGCCUACCCGGCGUGAAGCGCGCUUGCAAUGAGUGUCGCCAGCAAAAGGUAAGCAAAUCUCGGCUGUCAGCGAGGUUUCAGUCAUCUCUUCGCCUUUCGGUCCCAUCUCCGGCUCCGGCUGCGCAUUUGCUUCUGCCUCGGCAAUUCGCGCUGCGCCGCAUUUGCGACCACUCCGCUCCCGGCCUCGCCCCGGACGCCCCUCCCGAUUACCGGAGCUGCCCGAUUGUUUUCCUCCUUUUACGCUGCGAUGUCGUGCAGGACCCCUUCCAGAGUUGCUCUCGGUGCGUUCGGCUCAAGCUCGAAUGCAAGAUUGAGUCCAACUUUAAGCGCAUUGGCAAACGCUCCAAGCAUGCCGAGAUGGAGAAGGAGAUCGACAAGCUACGCCGCGCCGUCCAGAUGGCCAAAGCUCAAGGCUUCGUCCUCGACGACGAUGACGAGGCCGUGCAAUCGCAGCUCCAGUCCCCGGUUGUUGCCAGCCAGUACAGCCAUACCCGCAACCCCUCGCUAAUGGGCUCUGAGGAGGCCGUUUCAUCACUGCUGCAUCUGAAGCGUGGCGGCUCGUACAAUCUGCCCCGCAUCGCACGCGAGCUCGAGGACUUCAGACUUACCGAAGACGAUGAGAGACAACUGUUCGGCCAGUUUUUCAGCUACUACCACCCGUUUCUGCCCUUCCUAAACCCCACUCAGACCGCAGACCAAUACUAUCAGCAGCAUCCCUUGCUUUACUGGGCCAUCAUAGCCGUCGCCAGCAGACGCUUCAGCCCUGACCCUACCAUCCUUACGAAGCUGUCCGGGCCGUUGACGAGGUUACUAUGGAACACCGUGGGAGAGGUGCCACAGAGCUACUUUGUCGUCAAGGCGCUAUGUCUCCUCUGCACGUGGCCGCUUCCGACAAGCACGACAUCUUCGGACCCUACGCACAUCCUUUGCGGAGUCAUGAUGAAGACAGCAACAGGCAUCGGCCUGCACCGGCCAAAUCACAUCAACGACUUUUCGCGAGUUGCCGUCGAGCUCAACAAGGACGGGUUGCACGACCGAAUCAAGACCUGGGCGGUAUGCAAUAUUGUGGCGCAGACGAUAGGAACGGGGUACGGUCAGCCAGCAUCGACCUUGUAUGACUGGACCUUGGCAGUUCGACCGGGCGAUUCGGGUCCCUUCUCGCUGGGACCCGAGUUAGAGGCCAGACUGCAAAUAGAACGCUUCUGUGACAAGGUCUCCAAAGAGAUGUAUAGCAACGUCAGUGACCCUCGUGGCGUUGCCGGCGACGAACACCGCGCCAUGCUGAUGCGAGUGUACCGCCGUGAAUUCAACGAGUUGCAAGCUACCAUACUCUCGCAGAAUCUAUCGCCUAUCAUCCAGCUCCAUCUGAGGGCUGCCGGCCUUCAUCUGCGGCUAGCCGGUUUUUUCGACUCAAGUAGCACGCCAGGCUACCUGGACGAUUUGAUGGCCUUGUGGCGUGCAACGACCUCCUACCUCGAUUUGAUCCUGGAUGGUCCCGAGACAUGUCACGAAUCCUAUCAGUACCAGCUACGAGACCAGUUCUUUUUGAAAUAUGCUACAAAUUACAUCCAGCAAAUGCUGGUCGCCGCGGGGUUCGCCCUGCUCAAACUCAUGCGUUCGUUCUUUGCAAAGCAGGUCGAUUUCGAACGAGGCCGAAAUCUCUUCCACAGGACCAUCCAAGCCAUCAGAACCACUAGUGUUGUGCAGAAUGACUUGAAUUGGCGCCUGGCAGAGCUGAUGGUCCAGAUUUGGAACGGUGCCAGACUAGAAGGCGUUUCGCCAUCAUUCCAGGGCGACGACCACCCUGAAAUUGAUGACAGUCUGCAGCUCAAGGUCCGCUGCCGGCACAGCAUGAGUCUUGUUUUCGACUCGAUUUGGCACUGGAGGGAAGAAUACCAAGCAAGAGGGCGAGGUACGCUCGACGCUCUGAAGCAACCCACACACCCCGAUUCGGCUAAUGAAUCUUCAGCCUCUUCGACUCAUCUGGAUACGACCCUGGCUCCGCCCUCACACGGUUUGCCGGGCCCUCUCAAUCUGGCGACUUCAAAUGGAGCCUUGACUCCCAGCGGCGGGUCGACCAUGGGAGCCGGUGCCCAAGGCGCCAUUUUGGGCCUGGGAUACGAAAGCACGUACGAUGUUUGGGACCCCCAGCACUGGAUGUUGGACGGAUUGCUUGACUUCAACUACACGUUCGUCCCCCCCAUCGAGGGCGCUUAG